AUGAUCCUGAAUUUGGAGGACUGGCUAAGCCAGACUUUGGCUUAUCAGCAAUCCUGUACUGAGUUGGAAAGCUUGGAGAGGAGCAAAGUGUGCGAGCGGUGGCCGAGGGGCCUGCUUCGCUGCCGCCGGCAUCUGAGGCGAAGGGGCCAUCAUGGACGUCGUCAAGGCGGAGAUCGAGCGGAAGCGGAAGCUGCUGGAGGAGAAGGAGCUGCUCGGGGGAAAAAAAAAUACUUUAAGCGUAGUGAGUUGGCCAAGAAGGAAGAAGAGGCAUAUUUUGAAAGAUGUGGUUGCAAGCCUGUAAACGAGAAGCCACCAGGAGAGGUUCAGCAGGAAGAGGAAGAGGAGGAGAAGACAAUAACUGCAUCAAAUCCAGUAUUGGAACUAGAGUUGGCAGAGGAGAAGUUGCCUAUGACUCUUUCUAGACAAGAGGUCAUGAGGAGAUUGAGAGAAAGGGGUGAACCUAUCAGACUUUUUGGAGAAACAGAUUAUGAUGCCUUUCAGAGGCUGCGAAAGAUAGAAAUUCUAGCGCCAGAAGUCAACAAGGGAUUAAGGAAUGACCUGAAGGCUGCUUUGGAUAAGAUUGACCAGCAGUAUCUGAAUGAAAUUGUAGGUGGUCAGGAACAGGGAGAGGAUGAUACACAGAAUGAUCUCAAAGUCCAUGAAGAGAACACAACAAUUGAAGAAUUGGAGAUGCUUUCAACAGAGCUUCCACUCUCAGAUUCAUGGAUUUCUGUGCAGGCUUUGGGAGAAUCUUUAGGACAAGGGGAUGACCAUAAAGACAUGGAUAUCAUAACCAAAUUUUUGAAGUUUCUUCUUGGAGUCUGGGCUAAGGAGUUGAACGCCAGAGAAGAUUAUGUGAAACGUGGUGUACAAGGCAAACUAAACAGUGCCACUCAGAAGCAGACAGAAUCGUACCUGAGACCUCUGUUCAGAAAACUUCGGAAAAGGAAUAUCCCUGCUGACAUCAAGGAAUCAAUAACGGACAUUAUCAAGUUCAUGCUGCAAAGGGAGUAUGUGAAGGCUAAUGAUGCCUAUCUGCAGAUGGCCAUUGGGAAUGCCCCCUGGCCUAUCGGCGUCACUAUGGUGGGCAUCCAUGCGCGAACUGGUCGAGAGAAGAUUUUCUCAAAGCAUGUGGCUCACGUUCUGAAUGAUGAAACUCAGAGGAAAUACAUCCAGGGCUUGAAGAGGCUGAUGACCAUUUGCCAGAAACACUUCCCUACUGACCCAUCCAAAUGUGUGGAGUACAAUGCGCUGUGACAAUGUGGAUACGCAGG